AUGUGCCGACCAGUCAACAGAGAUGAUUACCUACUCGUCCGUGGUGCAAAUCCAAGAACCGGAGUUGUUACACCAGGAUCACGCAGUUCCAGUAGCCCUAUUGAUCGAGGUGAAAUAAAUCGGACACAAGGUCCCGAGCGACAAAGUCGAUGGCGUCAGAGAGGUGACCAGUGGAUCAGUUUGGACUUAGGUCUACCUACACCUUCAUCAACUCCUCCUUCAGAUAAAUUGCUAGAGCCCUUUCCACAACGUCUGCGAACACCAUCUAGACUUACAGAUACCAACAAUGGCCCCUCGAGCGAUGAGAGAGAAAGGCCCUCAACCAGACAUCUUCGAAUGCAAAAUCCGGUCUCUAUCAUCCCCCCACGAGGGACGACUGCAACGUCCCACCUUCGCCAACAUUCAGAUGGCAUAGGUAUCUACCCAGAAAUGCUCCACGAUGAUGUGAGACCGCCACCUCCGCUUAAUACAAUAAAAGGAGAUAGGAUGAUACGACGAAAGCCUGUGGGAAGUCCCCCAAGCAAAGGCGCUGGCAGUCAAGAGUCUCAAAGAUAUCAGGGAACAAAUGAAAGUACGGGCACAGUUUUAAAGAGUCCUCGAAUAAACUCCUCGGCACCCGAUCCUCCCAAUAUGCGUUCCUUCGUAUCCAACGGCACGGACAAAGCAUUACCUACGCUCCCUAGUGAGCCAACAUCUCCCCCCCUGAACAAGAAUCAAAUCAAUGCCACGGAUACCUCAUUUUUAGGGUCAACUCUGCCAGGCAGGCUAGUCGACUCCCCAAAUUCGAAAAUCUCCAACAUUUCUAGCCAUCCCAUGAUCGAAAAAGAACUACCAUGUCUGCCGACGGACGACGGCCAAUCCCCGUUGUACCAUGACUCGACGCCUCUCCCUCUAACAGCAAGGGAGGAAGAAAAGUCGAACAAUAUGCAAGACUUGCCCAAAUUCCAGACCAUAACUCUCCAGGACCCGAGAGGAGGGGAUCCCAGCUACCCAUUCGUCCGUACCGCCAGGCCUAUGCACACGUAUCCUCCUACAGCCAGGGACAAUAUACCUCGAGGAGAAAGAGCAAUGCCAAUCCCAGUGUACGACAACCCUCCGAAGCACCUCUCACCAUUGAUGAGGAUGACAGCUCCAAAGGCAAGGGGAUCACGGUCAAUUCCCCCUCCAGGGAUGAACAGGUUCAGGGGAGAUUUGAACCCAUCGUCGAAUAUUGCCAUCGUUCCCACAAACAUAUCCAUGAACAGAUCAGGGAUCCCAAGGCCAUUUCGCCCCAGUCCGCGACCCGAUCCGUGGAUGAUGAAUCGUGGCCGACAUAGUUUACCUCCAAGACCACCUCCACCAACUAUUUCAGACACUUUCAUGAACGCCGGCAUGAACAUGAAUACCGAUAUGAUGAUGUCCAUCCCGCUACCAAGAAUCAGACCAAGAGGAAUGUCCCGUCCUCAGAUGCCAAUGAGAGCAGAGGGGAUGAACGGCGUACCCAGGGCAGAACCCAACCACAAUCGACCAAAAAUGGUGGGAAUGGAGUCCCCCGCAGUUUGGAGACCACCAGAAAUCGAGACGUCAAGGAUAGAUCACGUCGAGCAAGAACAAAACCCCGUUCCACCACCCUUGAAAACACGGGUGCCAGAAAUUCACGAGCCGUUGAUACCGAACGAGGUUCAGACAAGCCAAACGAAGGACCGAACGAAGGAAGAAACGGGCGGCUCUAGCCUGAUGAGGAAAUGCAGCCAUUGUCAGCAUGAAUUCACCGACGUCCAGCCACGCAAUACAGAUAGUGUCAUCUGUACGUCCGUCCAGCUGAGGGACGACGCCGAAGCAAGUCAGGGUACGAAACGACUACAUCCGGCAUGUAUAUCUCAUCCAGGAUUGCCAGAGGAGAGGACUCCUCCAGCAAAUGAUGAGGCAGACUUAAAAGCGCCGACAAGUUCGCUCAAGAAUAACGAUGUUGAUGAUCGCGACCACACAAAUUGCUACCCUGUUUGUUGCAAGGAUGAAGACUGCCAUGAGGGCUGUCUAGGACAUUGCAGUCCCGGCGCUACUCCUAGUCCAGCCAAGCGCAUUUGGGGUGCGGCCUAUAGUCCCAGCAGUGCCAGCGAAGUUGAGGGAUGGGAAGGUUCCAAUAGCUCGCAAAGCAAUGAGAAGAGCAAAAGCAAAGGAUUUGCGUUUGUCAGGUCGGCAUUGAAAAGGUCGUCGAAGAAGGAAUCUCCGAAAUCCAGCCAGGAAUUUAGCUCAAAGGCGGAAAAACUCACACCAGCCACUGGCACACCCACUGAAUUAUCUGCUCACCCGCAAACUCCAGCAACCUCAAAGAGGAACGAUCAAACCGCACAACUAAACGGGGCUCCAGCUGCAAGUCUAACUAAUAUGGAAUCAACAAAACGGAAAACCUCAUCCCACGGUUUCCAUAAGAGACAGGGGAGUUCGAGCUCACCUGUUACCGGUGUGGGGGUAUCAAGCCAAAAAUCGAGCGACGAUCAAAGUGAUCAAGCUGCAAGUGGAUCUCGACUUAGUGAUAUAACUCCAGCAGGACCAGCGACUACUUGUUCUGGAAGGUCAGAAAGUCGGAAUCUCAGUGACACAAGCGAUGCUACUUCAGAACCACAGGUUCCCGGACCAGGAGCUCUCGGCGGCGGCGUAAUAGCUGAAGUGGUACUGGUGCCUUUCGAAGCUACCAAGAUGUGGAUUCGGAAUCAUCCGCAGGUGAUAAAAAUAGGCUGGGAAAUCUUGGAGAGAGGCUGGCAGAUGGGCCAAGUCAUAGGCGCCACGGGCUGGAGACUUUGGACCGUUGUCUUUGUCUACUCUAAGACUGGCAAGUUGGCCAAGGGUGAAACGGCGGGAGGAUUCGUGAUUGAUUGUGCCCGAAGUGCCUUGUAUCUGUUGGUGUUUGCAGCUGUCAGCGUCUUUAUCAUUCGAGUCCUACGAAUUCUCUUGGACAUUGCGAGGGCUAUUGGGUGGUUGUUCAGGGCGAUUUUCUGGGUCUUAAAGCAUGUGGGAGGAUAUGGGAUUGUGAAGUGA